CGGACACGGUGUGCUUAUACUGUCGUCGGUCCCGAACACUUGUGGUUUAUAUAAAGAGCUACGCACGGCCUGGAAUCUGCCAUCAGCUAGCUGUAUAUCUAACCCGAUCGCAGAUUCUCAGGAUCAGUCAUUUCGGAAGAAUGUUCAACAACGUGGAUGACAAUCAGAGCGCGACAGCGCUGCUGGGGGCGAUUUCUAGCAGCUAUAUUGUCAUGGGCUUCAUCGCUAUAGGUCUUUACUGUGUCUACCAGGCAACGAUGGUGACGGACAUUCCGCACAUCAAGGGGCUGCCCGAGAUCCCAGGCGCCAUUCCGUUGUUCGGUCAUCUUCGGAAAUUAGGCGACGAUCAUGCAAGCGUGUGCGAGCGCUGGUGGCGACAGUACGGUCACUCAGUUUUUCAGAUCAAGCUGGGUAAUACGCGAGCGGUGGUCUUCAACUCUUUCGAAGACUGUCGCGCCGUGCUACUGGGUCAUCAGAAUGCCAUCAUCGAUCGGCCGAAGCUGUAUACCUUUCAUGGAGUCAUCAGCAGUACCCAGGGGUUUACCAUCGGCUCCUCUCCCUGGGACGACUCCUGCAAGAGAAAGCGCAAGGCAGCCGGGACAGCAUUAGGCAGACCGGCCUUGCGCAACUACCAUCCCAUGUUCGAUUUGGAAAGCUACUGCAUCGUUCGCGAUCUCUUUCGCGACAGUCAGAAUGGCCAGGUCGAACUCAAUGUGCGCCCGUACAUCCAGCGAUACGCCCUCAACACGACCUUGACUCUGUGCUAUGGGAUUCGCAUGGAUGAAGUCUACGAUGACCUUCUUCGGGAGAUUCUCCAUGUAGGAUCUGCCAUCUCUUUGCUCCGAAGCGCGUCGGAAAAUCUGCAGGACUAUAUCCCCAUCCUGCGCUACGCCCCGAAUAAUGAGAAGAACGCUCGGUCCAAGGAGCUCCGGGCGCGACGGGACGCUUACCUGGAUCUUCUGUUAAACAAGGUUCGAGACAUGAUCAAGAAGGGAACGGAUAAGCCAUGUAUCUCUGCCGCUAUCCUCAAGGAUGAAGAGACCAAGCUCAGCGGGGUGGAGGUCUCCUCAAUCUGUUUGUCCCUGGUCUCGGGAGGUUUUGAAACUAUCCCCGGUACGCUGACUUCGGUGAUUGGCUCGUUGUCCACUCCAGAAGGGCAGAUCUGGCAGGAUAGAGCCUACCAAGAUAUUAAAAGAUUCUAUCCCGAUAUCCAGGAUGCCUGGCUGGGCUGUAUCCAUGAGGAGAAAGUGCCCUAUGUCAACGCCAUUGUCAAAGAGGCAGGGCGGUACUACACUGUCAGCUCCAUGAGUCUGCCGCGGAAAACGGCGACCGAGGUGAACUGGAACGGCGCGAUUAUUCCUCCCAAAACGAUGAUCUUGAUCAACGCACAAGCGGGAAAUCACGAUGUUGACCACUUCGGGCCCGAUGGAGGCCAGUUCAAUCCAGAGCGGUGGCUGAAAACAGUCAAUCCCCCGACCGAGAGGGAGAAUCAGGGUCUCCUGCAUCUCAGCUUUGGGGCCGGAUCUCGUGCCUGUUCGGGGCAAGUCAUCGCGAUCAGGCUGCUGUAUUCGGCACUGAUCCGCAUUCUCUCGUCGUACAAGAUAGUGGCGAGUGAGGAUCAGCCACCGAACACGGACUAUGUCGAGUACAACCAAUUCAAGACGGCGCUUGUCGCGAUUCCGAGAGAUUUCAAGGUCAGGCUGAUCCCGCGAGAUGAUGCGAUGACCAGACAGUGCUUGGAUGCUGCCGAACUGAGAACCAAGGAGCACUACAAGGAGUGAUAUAUGUAGUGAUUGAUAGCAG